GUGAUUUUAGACACAACUCGACGUGCGACAAUUUUUUUGUAGAGAAUUUAAGCCUAUCAAAAAUUUAUGAGCUGUCUUGCUUUACGCAAACGAAACUCAAAUUGUAUUUUUCAUUUCAAACAAAGGGACAGUAUACUAGUUGGUAGUGCUAGCACAAUGAGAGUAUUGAUGAAAUCAAAUAUUAAUUAUUCAUGUUCAUUUCGUAGCUUGUGACCUACUACGUCGAUAGCAAUUUGGUUAUAUUAAAAAUUGGCAUCCGUAUCAUACCAGAAAACAAUGAUACUCUAAAGUUAUAUCAAAAUCAGGACGAAAUCUAAUUACAUUUGUGCCGCUCUCAUUAUUUAUUCGAGACUUUACCGCGAACAUUCCUUCGCUCGUCAUCUAACAUGUCAGGCAGCGCAGCCACGACCACAGUUCCCCCCUUCGAAGACGACACAGAGAAAUACGCAGGCUUGGGAUGGCCUGAUCUCGUCGUCGUAUUGCUAUACUUCAGCUUCGUGAUCGGCGUCGGUAUUUGGUCAUCGCGUCGCAGCAAAGGAACCUCAGUGAGCGGGUAUUUCCUGGCAUCAAGAAACAUGCACUGGAUGCCCGUAGGAGCGUCGCUGUUCGCAAGCAACAUCGGCUCCGGUCACUUCAUCGGCCUGGCAGGCUCCGGCGCCGCGUCCGGCAUCGGCGUUGCGGGUUUCGAGCUCAACGGGUGGUUGACGAUAUUGAUUAAUAACGCUUAUACGCGUUCAACAGAUUAGACAAUACUAAUUUCAUUUUGUUCAAUAAAUUCGCAGGCGGAUCUGUACGCGGGUGCCCUGUUCAUCCAGCUGUCUCUGAACCGUCUGUCGUCGGAGUGGUUGUACCUGAGCAUCCUCAUCCUGCUAGCGGUGGCGGCGCUCUUCACCAUCGCUGGAGGACUCUCUGCCGUCAUUUGGACUGACUUCGUCCAAACCAUCCUCAUGAUCCUGGGCUCCUUAGUUCUCAUGAUCAUAUCGCUCAAAGAAGUUGGUGGCUACAAUAAAUUAGUGGAAGAUUACCCUUACGCGACGGCAAAGAUCCGGGCACGAGACUUGCAAGGCAACGAAUGCGGGGAACCGCCGUCGGAUUACAUGCACCUCAUGCGCUCAGUAGAACCUGGAGUGUCGGACCUGCCCUGGACCGGCAUGGUCUUUGGACUUACCAUUAAUUCUAUCUGGUACUGGUGCACCGACCAGGUUAUCGUGCAACGCACCCUAGCCAGCAAGAACAUGAUCCACGCCAAGGGUGGCUGCAUACUUGCCGCGUGGCUAAAGUUCCUGCCGCUGUGGCUGCUUGUGUUUCCCGGCAUGGCUGCGCGAGUGCUCUUCCCUGACAGAAUCGCGUGUGCGGAUCCUGUGGCCUGCAAAAGCAUCUGCGGCAGUGAAAAAGGCUGCACCAACAUUGCCUACGCCGAGCUGGUUAUUAAACUCCUACCGACCGGAUUGGCGGGAAUGAUGCUGGCGGUGAUGCUGGCGGCCUUAAUGUCCUCCCUGACGUCCAUCUUCAACUCGGCGUCCACCAUCUUCACCAUCGAUGUCUGGUCGAAGUUCCGUUCACGGGCCUCAGAAACUGAAAAAAUUAUCGUCGGGCGCUGCUUCGUCUUGGUGCUCGUCGUUAUUUCUGUCAUCUGGAUUCCUGUCAUACAGAAUUCGGGGACGUCACAGCUGUUCGAGUACAUCCAGAGCAUCUCUUCCUUCUUGGCUCCUCCGAUCUGUGCUGUCUAUUUAUUGGCUCUAUUUUGGGACAGAACCAACGAAGCGGGUGCCUUCUGGGGCUUGAUGGUGGGUCUGGUGGUGGGACUCAUCAGGUUCGGCAUCGAGUUCGCCUAUUUGCUGCCUGCGUGUGGGGCAGGUCUCCCAGACCCUAGACCUGAAAUAGUGAAGCAGCUCGUCGGGAACGUUCACUUCCUUCACUUCAGUUGCUUCUUGUGGCUCAUCACACUGGGCGUGACGAUCGCAGUGUCGCUGCUCACGCCACCAAUACCUUCGCAAUGUCUAUACCGCUUGACCUGGUCGAGUCGGAAGGACACUCGCGUCAGGACGAGCAUCUCAAAACUGAGGGCAGCGAGCGAGGGCCAGCCGAUCAGAGAGAAUUAUUCAGAUUUGGAUAUUCAGGACUCACAGCAAGAACUUGCACUUCCGAACAUCUUGAAAAAGUUGUGCUGCGUGAGGACCGGGGACGUCGAGAACAGCGGCGGUCCCUCAGAGGCCCAAGUCAGCGACGUGCAGAAGGCCGUUGAUGCUGCCGAGUUUCUAAAUGAAGAGCCUUUCUGGAAAAAGUUCGUCAACAUCAACGCUGUUAUUUGCCUGACCCUCUCAACGUUCCUCUACGCUUUCUACGCCUAAAUGGAUAACUGCCACGGCUGCCACCUCUGCAUGUGCAACGAGGCGGCCGCGUUGAUAAUGAAACGGGUUACAUUGAUUAAUAAUGAGGUGGCUCCGUUAUGAGGGAACCUCAUUGAUUAUGAGGAUGCCCCAGUGAUAUGAGAUAUGCCCCUUUUGAAUACGAGGCUUCCGAAGCCAUUGAUAAUGAGACUGUUCCUUUUGAGACUGUCUCCAUUGAUUAUAUAAUCAGGAGGCUACCCCAUUGAUUAUGUGGAUAACCUGAUUAAAUAUGAGGCUGCAUCAUUGCUAUGAGGUUUUUAUGAUUAUUAGGCUACCUCAUGGUUUCUUUAGGAUGUACCAGGCAGUGUUCAUAUUGAACUCAUGUGGCGUUUAUAAUAAAGUUCAGUCUUUUGCUACUGAAUUAAGGCUAAGCCAAAGAAGAAUUACGAUGCAGAAUUUCUCAUUAAAAUCAUUAUUUUGUUUUUUAUUCGUAAUUAUUUUUUAUUUA